GCUUAAUCACUGCAGCUGGCAUUUUAAAUGCGCGUUCAUCCGCGGUGCGUUCACAAGAGGAGCCGCUGAGGAGGAGAUGCAUUGAACGGGGCAGAGAAGAGACAUGGAGAUGGGAAUAAUAGGCAGCGCUGUGGCUGCAGUCGUAGGCCUCAUCACCGGUGUGAUGAACUUUUUAACCGACAUUUUUCUGACUCCACCGCUGAAGGCAACACUCGAGCGUUUGGAGGAGGCCGAACUGAAAACUUUGAAAGGAGACACACGGACCCUGAAAGCGAGGUCUCUGUGGGAGAGGUCCGGGGCUGUCAUCAUGGCAGUGCGGAGACCUGGAUGAUUUUUGUGCAGAGAGGAGGCUGCAGAGCUGUCCUCUCUGAAGCCCGAGCUGGAAGAGCUCGGGGUCCCUCUGUACGCUGUGGUGAAGGAGGACGUCGGCACCGAGGUCCAGAACUUCAGACAGUACUUCAAGGGGGAGAUCUUCUUGGAUGAAAAGAGGCGUUUUUAUGGGCCCCGUGAGCGGAAGAUGGGUCUCCUUGCGUUCCUGCGUGUCGGAGUGUGGAUGAACGGCCUGCGGGCCUUUAGGAAGGGCUUCAUGGGAAACGUUUUGGGAGAGGGCUUUGUCCUCGGUGGGGUCUUCGUCAUUGGACGAGGACAGCAGGGAAUUCUUCUGGAGCACAGGGAGAUUGAAUUUGGAGAUAAAGUCAACACUGAAGCUGUCAUCCGAGCUGCCAGAAGAAUAUCAUCACCAGAACUUCUGCCUUUAGAGAGGAAAUAAUGCUUUUUAUUACCCCUGAAGGAUAAAAAUAUCAUAUCAGUAAAACACAAAGUUUAGAACAUAGAAGCGACAUCCAGCUGUACGAAGGAUCAUAUAAAUGUUUGACGAAAGUGCACAUUAGAUUUGUGUUUGUUGGUUUACUGGUCUCGGGGAAAACCAUGAUGCAUUUCGGGGUUUUGCUGUGUAGUAAGAGGCUGAGUGUGUUAAUGACGGUCUGUCUUUAAACUCAAACAGAGGAAGCAGAUCUGAUGCCUACACUCAGUUUCCUGUAUUACUCUGUGAUACUGUUGUUAUCUUGGGAGCUAAGAAACCUUUGACCAAUAAAACACGGCUUUGUGCUCUAGUUUGUUUUUAAUAUUACUCACUGCAUGUUCAGAUGUUGUUGGACUUCCUGAGACAAAAAUCAUCUGAAGUCCACUUGGGGGAGUUUUCAGAGCCAGCAGUCUGGUUUCCUGCAGGGCCUCUCUUUCACAUUUAGUAU